AAAGAACAAGAACGCACAAAGUUGAGAGGAUUUUAUAGAUUUUUAUCAAGGCCAAGUUUAAAACCAGUGAAUUUACUUCUGAAAUUAGGAAAUGGAAAUUCUUCAAAAUUUUAUGGGCCCAGGAGCCAUUGAGACUAUGAAACGAAUCAAUGAAAAUGGAAAUGUUGUCGGCACUAUUAUUGUCAACUCUGAAGGUUUCCCAGAGACCACGACCCUGGACAGCCUGACUGCGGCCACCUACUCCACCCACCUGAGGACGCUGUCCCAUCUGGCAUCGAACGCGCUAAAAGAAAUCGAUGUGAUGGACGACCUAGUGGCUCUCCGGCUGGUCUCCAGAAAGGCGGAGGCGGUGGUGGCGCCCGACCCCGAGUUUCACCUCAUCGUCGUCAUGAGGCGGAAGUGAAAUAUAUGUGCCUAGCGUAUAGCCAUUAAAAAGAAG